AAACAAGGGAGGCAGUGGGUCGUCGUAGAGGGAGGGAGAGAAGGGAGAGAGAGAGAGAAGAGAACGAGAGAGCGAGAGAGAAAGUGGCGGUGGGGUUGGUUCAGAAUUAUUCUCCAUCCUGACCCCCAUUCAUUGUGUGCGAGAAGGCGGCAUCCCAACAUCAUCAGCAGCAUCAUCAGCAGCAUCAUCAUCGCAAUCUUCGUGGUGUGUGACUCUCUAACCGCAUGGGUUUGCAACUAAUACAGUCAUAAGCACGAGUUGUGGUCGUUCAAGUGGCAAGGAAGACGUCGCUACCACCGCCGCCGCCCGUAUCAUCUCCAGCGACGACAUCAUCAUGGUCAUCCGGGUCUUCAUCGCGUCUUCCUCUGGCUCUACGGCAAUCAAGAAGCAGCAGCAGGACGUGCUGGGCUUCCUGCAGGUGAACAAGAUCGAGUUCGAGGAGUGCGACAUCGUCGUGAGCGACGACAACAAGCGCUACAUGCGCGAGCACGUGCCGCGCGACCACUGCCCCACCAGCGGCGUGCCGCUGCCUCCGCAGAUCUUCAACGGCGAGUCCUACCUCGGGGACUACGAGUCGUUCUUCGACGCCAAGGAGAACAACGCCGUGUUCACGUUCCUCGGCCUCACUCCCCCGCCCGGUUCAAAGGAGGCAGAGGCUCUGGCUCGGCAGUAGCCGUGGACGGGGUCUGGUGCCCCCGCUGGGAGCUGCUCCACAUUCCCUCGCGGCUUCCGGCGGAAGAUUCCUCGGGGGAAUCCUCCGGCAUUCCGCACAGAAGAAACCCAGACGGAAUUCCUCAUGGAACAAGAAAAUCCCCACCCUUCUUUUUGAUCCUCUGUAAGGAUUUCGUUGUUUUGUUGUUGUUGUUGUUGUUGCCGUUGUCGUCGUCGUUGUUGUUGUUGCAAGUUUACCCGUGCUAAUAUAUUUAACGAGCAAAUGACAAACGUUUUGUACGCGCGCGCGCGCGCGCGCGUUCACCUGUAAUACACACACGCGCACACGCUCGCACACACUCAACGCUUGUCACCGUGACAGCUCCUUCGCCAAGAGACGAAACGUCUCCCGUGUAGCCAUACAGAAGAUUGAGCAAACUGCUGUUCGUAAGGUAGCGAGUCGCGAGCACCUAUGGAGGCCGGCACAGCGCACGAGGUGGUGGCGUUGUGGCCGGCACCACGCCCGGCCGCAUUAACCGCUCGUGUUUACACACUGCACCAAGGUACUCUUCUUUUUGUUUAAAGGUUGAAUUGACGUAGGGGAGGCCCAGGUCAACCGUGGCCAGAACUCGAACUCGGGAUGCCAAGUCCAUAUCGCAGUGCCCUCUCCGUGAGGCUACCACUCCACCCACGUGACCAUACGCAGAACGCUCAUAUUUCCUACACAGACUACUGGGACAAUUCCUGUUCGGGACUACAAAGAUAAAAGACAAAGAUCUCCCGUAUAGCCUUCACAGACUUUUGGGGCGAGUGCUAUUAGCGAAUAGCAUCGAUGAAGGCCGGCACGGCACGUGAGCGAGUGGGGGGCCAGCACCACGCCCGGCUGCCUUUGUCUCCUUAGUGCCGAUGUGUGUACACCACACCCAGGUACUCAACGAAGCUAGUGGGGAGGCCAAGCACCUGUUUAGAUAAUCAUCACUCGUGUUGGCCACGAGCGGGAAUCGAACUCGUGUCACCGGGUUCAUAGCGCAGCGCGCUAACCACUUCGUCGACACACACACGCACAUUGUGAAAUGUUCACCAACGUCAGAUUAACGCGCAGGCUUUCGCGACCAACAGCUACCAUCGUCAGGUGUCAGCCACAUUUGUGUUUCACCGAUGCCUUGACGCUUGUGUUGUUUGUUCGAGGCUGUCGGCGCCAUCGGUUAGUCAACGGCGAAGCCGCGAGUCUCGGCAGCGCAGUCCCAUUCGUUCAUUGGCCCCCACACGCCACGGCUAUCUCCGAGAUACGCAGCAAUGAGCGGUGGCGUACAGAUACGAGACAACGAUUGCCCCCGUAUAGCCUUGACACUGUCGGGGCACGUGCUGUUAGCGAGCUGCUCCUAUGAAGGCCGGCACCAUGCACCCUCCGCCCCACCACCUUUUGUUUCCCGAGUGGCGAUGUUUGCAGAUUGCACCAGGUACGCGUUUGAGUCCGAGUCAACCCAUGGGAGGGCCCAGGACCGGUUCAGAUAAUCGUCAAUCUCAGACGCACGGCUCAAGCACACGGAAUGAGAUGGGGAAGCUCAAUAAUUUAAAGUAAAAAAAAAACCCCAUUAAACUGACUUCUGCACCUCUUUCGGUUAAAUUCCAUUUCCGAGAAUUCGAAUUACGUAGUUUGACCGCCAUGCCACGGACAUUACUCCCGGUGCCAAAUCGCGUGGCAGAGUGCUGCCCGCCGAUGGGCGGGAGCAGAAGUCACCUGACGGUGAUCUCGGAAGUAGUUCUGCGAUGUCCCCUUCCCUGGGCCGUUCGUCUGAUAUCGAGUUUGCACUGCCCUGGACGCGUCAUCGCGCGACGUGGAUGCCGACGGCAUGACUGAGAUAAAAUUGGGGGGGGGGGGGGGGGGGGGAGUUUUUUGAAGUCCAUAUGAGAUGCCAAUGCUCUCCACGAACUUAAUGUCCUGGGCUUCUCCGUUCCUCACCGAUCGAUGCCUCCGUUUCGAUCUGUAAGACUGCUUCCGUGUAAAUUGCAAAGGGGGGGAGGGGGGCCGGUUUGGGGAGGUUGACCCCAGGGGGUCACAAGUAAAAUCCGGUCCACAUUUUUCGCAGGCCGUUCGAGACUCACGGGAGACUCCGAAUCCUUGGCACGCCGUGCACCCCCCACGCCACCCCGCCCCCCCCCUGGGGCAUUGGAACCGUGUUUUAGGGGGGGGGGGAACAAAACCGUGCGCUGGAUCGAAAUUCGAGGGGAACCCGGAGUCUCGGCUGAACUCCUCCCAAAAAAUAUUUGCACGAAAAAAUACAUUCCGCUCACGAUUUAAGCGAACAGCUGUUAGAUGGAUUCUUCUUUUGGAUGGGAGGGGGGUGUUUUUUUUCUUCGUCACAAAUUCUCUUUGCUCGUUGGUUUUUUUUCUUGGGGGGAGGGGGGGAGUAGUCCAGAUCCCCCCAGAUGAAGUCAUUUCCCCUUCCUGUCAAGCCCCCCCCCCCCCCCCCCAGACUCCGCUUUAAACGUUGCACAGACCGCUCGCUCGCUCGCUCGCUCUGACCCUGUAGGACCCACCCCAGGAUCUGCCUGCGUCACUGCCACGUCGUGGUAGCGUGUGGACCUCCAAGACGACUUAAUGCGUUCCUUGUGUGUGCGCGCGCCCCACGAAGGCAUACAGCAACUAUAUGUGUACCGUGUCAUAAUACCCGAAUCUGUGGCGUUUGAUCACGUGAGGAAUUGGCGUUUGCCGAGAGGAGUAACGGUUUGGCGAGAUGUGCACAAGUCGUGAAUUAAACGUGGCCAUAAUGAAAUGUUGAUAGGUGAGCGUGGGGGGAGGGGGGGCUUUAAUGUUUGUGUUACGCUGCUGUUUAAAUUUCGCUCGUUGGCAAUUCGCGAAAACUUUCGAGCACGCGGUUCCAAAAACGACGCCGUGCUCGCACGCACACAGGCAAAUAUCCCCCCCCCCCUGCCCCCCUGCCCCCCUCUUGGGGCAAGUGCUGUUAGCGAGCACCUAUGAAGGCUGGCACGACACACGACGGAGUGAGUGGCCAACACCACGUCCGGCCGCCUUUGUCUCCCAAGUGGCGAUGUUUACACACCGCACCAGGUACUCAUUUGACGUUGAGUUGACCUCGGGGAGGCCCAGGACGGGUUUAGAUAAUCGCCACUGUUGUUGGCCGUUAGCUGGAAUCGAACUCGGCUUGCCGGGUUCGUAGAACAGCGCGCUAACCACUCCACCACUGCUCACCCACCACUCCACCACUGCUCACCCACCACACACACGCGCGCACACACGUGCGCGCACCAUACAGACACGCGCGCGUGGCAUGUGCAUACGGUAACUCACAACGAUAACGCGUCGUGGAAGCAAAUCACAAAUUCGCCGAGGUUGAUCGUAACCGCCAGCCAAACUGAUGCGUCUCUAAAUUACAAUCCAGAGUUGAGAAUUCGCGCGGCGGAAACCUCAACGCAGCAUCUUGGACAUCGACUUGGCGAACUUAUCAUUCCUCGCGUCUCCUAUUACUCUUGUUAUUUCUGCCCGUGAAACGUUCUAUCGUUCGUGAGCGGCGUUGUCUUAUAUGGCCUAACAAAUAACUGUGAUUUCUGUCUGUGUGCAAGAGUAAUCCGUGUUGGUAUUAUUAGUGUUACUAUUGCGUGCGGUCUACUUUGUUCGUGGAGGAAAGUGACUCCCGUAGAGGAGGAUGCAAAUCGCUUUGCCCCCAGCUCCGAAUAUAUCGAGUUCAUUUUGUUUGACCCCCCAGCUGAGAACCCUGAAAAAGAGACCAGGUUAGCCAGGAGGGGAUAGAGGUGAUGGAUAAUGAUUGCUGCGUACGAUCCCAAUCGAGCAAUUUGCGGUGUCAUCUUCAGAAGACUGUUUGGCAAAUGUGCACCCUGACGCCGGCACACAGCAGCGAGUGGCGCUCACUCCUGCGAAUUACGUCCGAUAAUCUUUUUUUUUAAAUCCUUUAUAUUAAGUUCACUUGCUUGCGCGCUUACGACCGUGCAAAUCUUUCGGUCGUUUUUUAACCCACUUCCCGUGAUCCAAUCGAGCUGACAUUUUCCACACAGACUCGUUGUGCGUGACAAUUUAUUUUCGUGAAAAUUUUUUUCCAUAAAUUUACACUUUUUAGGAAUUUUUUUUUAUAUUUAAUUACCAAUUGCUGAAUGGUGGCAGGCAAUCAUCUGACCCAUAGGUGGCAGCCAUCUCAAGCCAGAGGACGAGAGGACUCUAGCCGCCACGCAUAUAAAGGAUUUAUAGUGAAAAACUUUUUUUUACGGGUUAAUUUUUUAACGUCCAAAAGCGAUGGCAAAGGGGAGCAUCAUUGUCGGAUUGGAUGGUUGUCACACUCGACUCUACGACCGAGCGGAGGUCACCGGGGUUCGAUCCUCCGACACCGCGGUUGAAACAACGGCGCAAGUUUUUUUUAUUUCUUCAAAUCCCAACCACCCACUGCUCGUGGUCCUCCCGGCAGAGGUUGCCACGGUGGCCAGGAGAUGUUAACUACCUCGCCUGGUAUACAGGAGGUCGUGGGUUAGAUCCCGAACCUGACGCCUGCUGCUGUGUAUUUUGAGUAUGCCUCUCUCCUCGUGGUCGCGUGGAUUCUUCCCUGGGUCCUCUGCUUUUUCCCCUCCACGUUCAGAAUCGACAUCACGCGUUUGAGAUAAUUGGGCUGCUAAAAUUUCCACGCGAUGAUGAUGCUGAGCUGUCAUUUGUGGCCAGGUCGCUUCCGGAAAAAGAGCCGCAUAGCUCAUUGGGCCUUAUCUGGCAUAAUAAAAAAAAUUAACCCGUAAAAACAAAGUUUUUCACUCAAUCCUUUAUAUGCGUGGCGGCUAGAGUCCUCUCGUCCUCUGGCUUGAGAUGGCUGUCACCUAUGGGUCAGAUGAUUGUCUGCCAGCAUUAAGCAAUUGGUAAC